UGCAAAAACAAUAAUAUGCAUGUAAACGUGUCUGUUUUUGCAGUGGUCUGUGGGAAGAACUUGGACAGCACAACUGUUGCUGUUCAUAUGGAUGAAGUUUACUGCAAGGCGUGCUAUGGCAAGAAGUAUGGUCCAAAAGGCUACGGUUAUGGGCAGGGAGCAGGGACUCUCAGCAUGGACAAGGGAGAGUCUCUUGGUAUUACUCAUGAGGAACCUGGUCCUCAUCGUCCUACCGGUAAACCAAACCCAUCCAAGCUGGCUCAGAAGUUUGGAGGGGCGGAUAAGUGUCCUCGCUGUGGCAAGUCUGUCUACGCUGCUGAGAAAGUGAUUGGAGCUGGGAGUUCAUGGCAUAAGACUGGAUGUUUCAGCUGUGCCACAUGUGGGAAGAGUCUUGAGUCGACCACGGUAGCUGACAGAGAUGGAGAAAUCUACUGCAAAGGCUGCUACAGCAAAAGUUUUGGUCCGAAGGGAUUUGGGUACGGAGCUGGCGCCGGGGCGCUGGCGCACACUCAGUAGAGAGACGCCAGACCUGCAAUACAGUGUUUAUCCUGCAGGGGGUAGACUGCUGCCAGCAAUACACAUGCACCUGUCUGACAUGCUUAGAAAGCUUCAAAGAUAACGCCAUAAAGGCUAAAGGCAAUAACUAAUGCAAUAAAUCUUGAUACAUAACCUGCACCUAAUACAGAAACAUUCCCUGCAUUGUUUGCACUCAGCUGUUACUGAAUUUUAUCAUCUUCUUCUUAUUGAAUAAAAUCUCAGCAAUAGUCUAUGUCAUAUAAAUGCUGCUUGUUUAUGUUAUAGCAUGCUUCCCAAACAGCAUGAUAAUAAACAAAAUGAAAAGAAAAAUA